AUGACCAUGGGCAAGAUCACCUUCUACGAGGACAGGAACUUCCAAGGUCGUUCCUAUGAGACCAGCGGUGACUGUGCUGAUUUCAGCCCCUACCUGAGCCGCUGUCACUCCUGCAGGGUGGAGAGCGGCUGCUUCAUGGUCUACGACCGUCCCAGCUACAUGGGGAACCAGUACUUUGUGAGGAGGGGAGAGUACCCUGACUAUACCCGCAUGGGCAUGAGCGACUGCUUCAAGUCCUGCCGCAUGAUCCCCAUGCACAGAGGACAGUUCAGGAUGAGGAUCUACGAGAGGGAGCAGUUUGGAGGUCAGAUGAACGAGAUGAUGGAUGACUGUGACUCCAUCAGGGACCGUUACCGCAUGUCUGACUGCCAGUCCUGCAAUGUGAUGGACGGCCACUGGCUGAUGUACGAACAGCCCCACUACAGAGGCAGGAUGAUGUACAUGAGGCCUGGGGAGUACAGGAGCUUCAGAGAUAUGGGAUACAGCAACAUGAGAUGGAUGUCCAUGAGGCGCAUCAUGGAUACCUCAGCUGUUUCUGAUCUUGUCUGGUCUGAUUGGAACUUCCAAGGUCGUUCCCAAGAGACCAGCGGUGACUGUGCUGAUUUCAGCCCCUACCUGAGCCACUGCAACUCCUGCAGGCUGGAGAGCGGCUGCUUCAUGGUCUACGACCGUCCCAACUACAUGGGGAACCAGUACUUUGUGAGGAGGGGAGAGUACCCUGACUAUACCCGCAUGGGCAUGAGCGACUGCUUCAGGUCCUGCCGCAUGAUCCCCAUGCACAGAGGACAGUUCAGGAUGAGGAUCUACGAGAGGGAGCAGUUUGGAGGUCAGAUGUACGAGAUGAUGGAUGACUGUGACUCCAUCACGGACCGUUACCGCAUGUCUGACUGCCAGUCCUGCCACAUGAUGGACGGCCACUGGCUGAUGUAUGAACAGCCCCACUACAGAGGCAGGAUGAUGUACAUGAGGCCUGGGGAGUACAGGAGCUUCAGAGAUAUGGGAUACAGCAACAUGAGAUGGAUGUCCAUGAGGCGCAUCAUGGAUACCUGUUAA